CAAUGAAUUUGUAAUAUCGCGGUUAAAGAGAGUUUAGCUUUAUAUUAACUCUCAAUUGGGAUGUCAGGACAUAAUAACUGAUUUGUGUUUUAAAAGGCGUUACAAAGCAGAAAAUUCUGUCAACCCUGGUCUCCACCUGUCCGCCAUAUUGUUGUAGUGUAACUUCAAGAGAUAUCAACACACAAGUCUCUGUAUUUCCUUGCUCUGUGCAUUUAAAUAUUUGUAAACAAAAUAUAUAAAAUUAUUUAUUGUUAAAUGCCGGGCAUGGCCUAGUUAUAGCUCAAACAGUGUAUUUAGUUAACAUGGCAGAUAUAUUAGUAUGUCGCAUUUGUUUGUCGAAAGACAAGAAGUUGUUUAAUUUAUUUAAAAACAAAUUGGCGGAACCAUUUGAAAUUCUUACUGGAAUACAGAUAUCAGAAUGUGAUGGUCUGCCACAUAAGAUAUGCAGCUUUUGCAGUACUCUUCUACAGAAAUGUGUGUCCUUUAAAGAGAAAUGUUUGAGCAGUCAUGAAUUUCUUAAAUACUCUGUGCUGGAACAUGGAAUGAUAUCCGUGAAUUAUCUACACACGUUUAAUAAAGAUUUAAAUUUCUCACAGAUAACUAAAACUGACACACUAACCAUAGAUAACAAGGAAGAACAGAUAAAAUUAGAGGAUAAUAUUGACGAAGAAACUUUACUUGAUACAAAAGUUGAAAGUAAAAAGAAAAUAAAGAAAGAGAAGAGAAAAAAGAUAAAUGAAGUUAUAAAUUUUGAAAACGUAAUAGUUAAGAAGGAAGAGGAUGUUUUCGAUUAUGAUGAUUUGGAUUUUACAGUGACAGAUACAGUGGAUAUACAUGAAGAUAUACAGGAUGUUGAAAUUGUAGUAUUAAGUAAACAAGAACAAAUAGAGGAAGUUGAAUCGAGAAAAACAUCUGUGAAUUAUUUGAAUUCAUUCUAUAAAUGUGAUAAAUGUUACAAAGGUUUUAUAACUGAAUCAACGUUUAGGAAUCAUAUGGCAAAAUAUGAUCCCAAAAACGGUGAAUUUGUAUGCGAGGUGUGCCGGGCGCGACGGCCUAGUGCGCGGCUGUUGCGCGCGCACGUGCUCUCCUCACACGCGCGUAAAUACAUUUGCAAGAUAUGCGGACAUGUCUCGCGUGAAAGUUACAAAGCAAAGGAACAUUCAAAUUGGCACAAAGGUUUUUCAUUUAUCUGCAAAAUAUGUGGAGCUUCCUUUGUUAAAUCUACAAGUCACCUGACGCACAUGAGGUUACAACAUCCUUCAAACAGCUCGUGUGACAUUUGUGGGGAGUCAUUCAUUGGGGAACAUGGACUUAAGAUGCAUAAACGACGCGCGCAUAGAGACGAACAGGAUCAAGAAACAAAAGUUGUAUCCCACUGUGAGAAAUGUUCCGCUGAGUUUUUUAAUUUAGACGCGUUGAAGAUUCAUUUAGAUGUUGCUAAGAAUGGUUCAUGUGAUACUGAAUUAAGAUGGUGUCCAUAUUGUGCUCUGGGUUUGGAUACAAUUGAAAACUUCAAUGACCAUAUAAAGGUACAUCAAAAGGAAAUCGUCCCAUGUCAAGAUUGUCCGCGCACGUUCGCGACAGCGCGCUCUCAGGCGACGCACUACCAGCGCGUUCACCUCGGCGUCAAACUGCGCCACAACAAGCCCACACUCAAACACGUCUCUGAGUGCGCUGUCUGUGAGCUCUGCGGCAAGAAGUGUGUCUCUAAAGCUAUCUUGACAUAUCAUCAAAGGAUCCACACAGGAGAGAAACCUUACCAAUGUUCUCAGUGCCCGAAGAAGUUUGGUUUGCAGCAGCAAUUGACGAUUCACAUGCGUAUCCACACAGGAGAGUGUCCGUACAAAUGUCCUCAUUGUCCUAAAGCAUUCAAACAUAAAGCCGCUCUCAACAGACACGACCGGGUGCACACAGGAGUGAAGCCUUACAUUUGCCCUCACUGCGGGAAAACCUUCACGCAGUCAAACUCUAUGAAACUGCACGUCAACACGGUACAUUUGAAAAUGCCCGACCCAUACAGGAAUAGACGGAAGAAGAAUAUCUAAAUUUGUUUAAUAAAUUAUUUAUGUACUGA